CUCGUCUGUUAAAUAAUCUUUUCAUUUUCAAUAAAAAAAAGACAAAUGAUUAAUUUAGGUUCGUGAUGGGAAAAUGCUCGAAAAUGAAUUUGAACCAUAUUUAGUAAAAUAUUUGUUUUUUUUUAUUAAUUGAAUUAAUAAAAUUUUCUUAUAGCCAUCAAAAAAUGCAUCUGUUCUUACCACAUAAUCACUUGGAACUUCACCUGCUGGCGUUGUACCACCACCACAUAUGUUGCAACGUAACACUACAGCAAGUUAGUUAAAUUUAUAUACUGUAAAAAGCAGGAUUGUGACAGACGAAAGAUGCUAAGAAUGAGGUCUUGACCAAAGAAGAUAAACUUGAAAAUAUUCUAUUUCUAAAAUGAACAUAGCAUUUUUGAUAAAGACAAUCAUUAUUCAAUAUUAUCUUUAAAAAAAACUCUUGUUCGUUGAUAACCUUUAUAUGAGUUUAAUUCUCAUCAUUGAUCAUUUUAUAAUUAUUGAUCUUUUUGUUUUAGAUGAAGUUGGUCCACCACCUACUCUUUUACCAUAUCAACCAGGACCACCAUCUAAUUAUCUUGAACAUAUUCGUUCUGGUCGAAAAAUGCUCGAAGAACAAGAAGAAACUGAUACAAAUGCAGCAAUACAUGAAAAUUGGACAAUUGAAAAUGCCAAAGGUCGCCUUCAUCAAUAUUUACAAAAGAAUAAUCUUUCACAAGAAUAUAAAUAUACAUCAAGUGGACCAGAUAAUCUCCGAACAUUUUUUGCUGAAUUAUCUAUAUAUAUCCGAGAACGUAAUCAAACAAUUCAUGCACGAGAAAAUGGAUCAACAAAACAAAUUGCUUCAAAAAGUUGUGCCCUUGCACUUGUUCGACAACUUUAUCAUUUAAAUAUUACUGAAACAUUUACUGGAGAAAAAAAGAAAAAACAAAUUGAAAAAGUAAAUUCACCUGGUUGUUUUUUGUUUUUCUAA